CCCUAAUCCAUAACCCCCGAGUCCCCGAUACUAUAAACUACGCUAUUUCCACUCACAAAGUUACUCCGCGCACUCCAAUUUCAAGCUACCACCAUCAUGUCGAACUACCCUCCAACACCUCCCGGCUACCCGUACAACGCGCCGCCGCCUUCCCAACCCCAAGGCGGCCCACACGGCGGCCCCCCGCACACUUCUCAGCCAUACCCAGCCGGAUCCUACGGCGUUCCGCCGUCCGGCCCGCCGCCUCACAACCAACCUUCGCCGUACGCCCCUCCCGGCGCGCCGUACUCGGCCUCUUCCGGCGCGCCGUACUCGGCCCCUCCCGGAGCGCCGUACUCGGCCCCUCCAGGACCACAUCACCAGCACUACGGUGGCUACCCGACGCCGCCACCGCCUUCCGCUCCGUACGGGGCUCCCUUCGCGCCGCCCCCGCCCUCGGCCUUUCCACCCGGCACAGAUCCCAACGUGAUCGCGUACUUCCAGAUGGCCGAUCAGGACGGCAGUGGGUUUAUCGACGAUAAGGAGCUCCAGCGCGUCCUGUCGUCGUAUAACGAGAGCUUCGGGAUGAGGACCGUUCAUUUGCUCAUGUACCUUUUCACCAACAGCAACGUGAGAAAGAUAGGUCCAAAUGAAUUCACUCAAGUCUAUUACUGUCUUCAGAACUGGAGGGCAAUGUUCGAGAGAUUUGAUAGGGACAGAAGUGGAAAGAUUGAUUCAUCAGAAUUGAGAGAUGCUCUCCUUAAUAUUGGAUUUUCAGUGUCGCCUGUGGUUCUUGAUCUGCUCGUCUCCAAGUUCGAUAAAACUGGUGGCAAGAACAAGGCAAUUGGAUACGACAAUUUUAUAGAGUGCUGUCUCACUGUUAAGGGACUAACCGAGAAAUUCAAAGAGAAGGACACGUCUUUGACUGGUUCAGCGACUUUCAGUUACGAAACGUUCAUGCUUACGGUAUUGCCUUUCCUCAUAGCAUAAGGAUGACAAAAUGUAGCUGAGUUUGCUUUCCUUAUUGUGAUGUUUUGUUGCUUUAUUUGUUGGGAUCCUUUGUUUCACUUGAUUUAAGGUGUUUUUUUUUCAAGUACUAUGCAUUUUAUUUUCUGUUGUAAUCUUGGGAUAGUUCAUAGUUGUGAUCCUUUUGUUAUAAUGCUAAAUAUCAGAAGAAAUGUCACUUUAUUUUUUUGUUUCAAAAGUACAAUUAUUAUAUGAUGCCACUUUUUUAAAAAAAAUAUACAUUUUGUCCAUUAUAAUUACUGCAAAAUUCAGAGAAAAUGUAUUGGUUGCAACAGAUAUAUAGGUCUCCCAUUUAAUGCCUGAAUUGUCCUAGCAUUUCCUGUAUUUCCCUGAGAAGGAAUCA